AUGUCUUCUUACGACGGUUCGCGCUCGGCGCGCCAGUCGAAGCGCUAUUCUAUGUCGGCACUAUACAUGUCGAUUUCCGCCAACGAAGGAGAUCUCCAGAUCGAAGAUGAUCUUGCUAAAGCACAAAAGGCGUUGCGCGAUCUCAAAUCGAAAAUUUCAUCACAGUCCAAGAAGAACUUCGUCCUGGAGAAGGAUGUUCGCUACCUGGACUCUCGAAUUGCAUUGCUUAUCCAAAAUCGUAUGGCUUUGGAGGAGCAAAAUGAAGUUGCCAGCCAUCUUGAGGAUGCUCUUGAGAUGCAGCAGGGUGGUUUUCCGAACGACGAUAAGACACAAAAAUACGGAAACCUUCUCUUUCUUCUGCAAUCUGAGCCCAGGCACAUCGCUCACCUUUGCAGACUGGUCUCGAUGUCCGAGAUUGACUCGCUGCUCCAGACAGUCAUGUUCACCAUCUACGGAAAUCAAUAUGAGAGCCGCGAAGAACACUUGCUCCUCACCAUGUUUCAGUCCGUCUUGACAUACCAGUUCGAUAACACGCCAGACUACUCAUCAUUGCUUCGCGCCAACACGCCCGUUUCUCGAAUGAUGACUACAUACACUCGAAGAGGACCUGGUCAAAGUUUCCUGAAGUCGGCACUUGCUGAUAGAAUCAACGGCUUGAUCGAAUUGAAAGACCUUGAUCUUGAGAUCAACCCGCUCAAAGUUUAUGAGCGAAUGAUCGAGCAGAUUGAGGAGGACACCGGCCAAUUACCUCCCCAUCUUCCCAAGGGAAUCACGGGCGAGCAAGCUGCCGAGAACCCCCAGGUUCAGGCCAUCAUCGAGCCCCGCCUGACCAUGUUGACCGAGAUUGCUAAUGGCUUCUUGACGACUAUCAUUGAGGGCCUCGAGGAAGCACCUUACGGUAUUCGUUGGAUCUGCAAGCAGAUUAGGAGUUUGACCAAGCGCAAGUAUCCUGAUGCUAAUGACCAGGUCAUUUGUACUUUGAUCGGUGGAUUCUUCUUCCUGCGCUUCAUCAACCCUGCAAUCGUUACCCCGAAGUCGUACAUGCUUAUCGAUGGAACCCCGGCCGAGCGACCUCGACGAACUCUGACCUAUAUCGCCAAGAUGCUGCAGAACCUUGCGAACAAGCCAUCGUACGCUAAGGAACCGUACAUGGCUAAGCUGCAGCCGUUCAUUCACCAGAACAAGGACAGGAUCAACAAAUUCAUGCUUGACCUCUGCGAGGUGCAAGACUUUUACGAAAGUCUUGAAAUGGACAAUUAUGUUGCGCUUUCGAAGAAAGACUUGGAGCUCGAGAUCACACUCAACGAAGUUUAUGCUAUGCACGGGCUGAUUGAUAAGCACCACAACGAGUUGUGCAAGGAUGACAACUCACAUCUUGCUAUUAUUAUGUCGGAACUGGGAUCUUCGCCUCCUCAGCUCCCACGCAAAGAGAACAGGGUCAUCAACCUGCCCUUGUUCAGUCGAUGGGAAUCAGCGAUUGGUGACCUUACGGCAGCGCUGGAUAUCACUCAGGAGGAAGUCUACUUCAUGGAAGCCAAGUCAAUCUUCGUCCAGGUCAUGCGAUCCAUUCCAUCAACUAGUGGCGUAGCUAGGCGACCUCUACGACUGGAGCGUAUCGCCGAUGCCGCGGCCACAAACCGCAGUGAUGCGGUGAUGGUGCGCAAAGGUAUUCGUGCCAUGGAGCUGCUUUCUCAACUCCAAGAAAUGCAUGUUAUAGACAAGGCCGACCAGUUCAGCCUCCUUCGUGAUGAAGUUGAGCAGGAGCUUCAGCAUCUUGGCUCUCUCAAGGAAGGUGUGAUCACAGAAACUCAGAAGUUGCAGGAGGUCUACAAGACCAUCCGGGACCACAACGUUUAUCUCAACGGGCAGCUUGAGACUUACAAGAGCUACUUGCAUAAUGUUCGAUCACAAAGUGAGGGUACGAAGAGAAAGCAACAGAAGCAACAAGUUCUUGGUCCAUACAAGUUCACCCAUCAGCAGCUCGAGAAGGAGGGUGUCAUUCAGAAGAGUAAUGUUCCCGAUAACAGACGUGCGAACAUCUACUUCAACUUUACCAGUCCAUUGCCAGGAACCUUUGUUAUCUCUUUACAUUACAAGGGUCGUAACAGAGGCUUGCUUGAGUUGGAUCUCAAGCUGGAUGAUUUGCUGGAGAUGCAAAAGGAUAACCAAGACGAUCUCGACCUCGAAUACGUCCAAUUCAACGUGCCCAAGGUGUUGGCUUUGUUGAAUAAGCGUUUCGCUCGCAAGAAGGGCUGGUAA